AUGCUGCGGAAACUCACCCUCGACCAGAUCAACGACUGGUUCACCAUCGGCAAGACCGUGACGGACGUGGAGCUGUUGGGCGCCCCGCCCGCCUUCCCGGCCGAGGCGGCCCGCGAUGAGGCCCAGCGGAGGGACGUGGCCUCGGCGGCGCCUGUCCCCGUCCCCGCCCUCGCCCCGGGCCCGGCCCCGCCCGCGCUGCUGGUGGGCAGACCACUUGGUCAGAAGAGCUCAGAAGUGGAGUAUAUUAACAAGUACAGACAGCUGGAAGCACAGGAGUUUAAUCGAUAUGGCAUGAAGAACUCACCCAGGACACCAGGUCCAAGACCACCUUCGACUAAAUUAAGCAAUGUGACAUGUGCUCCAGAGACAGCUUACAAAUAUCCUGAUUUGCCUAUAAAUAGAUGUAAGGAAGAGGUCAUUUCUUUGAUAGAAAGUAAUUCUGUGGUGAUCAUACACGGUGCCACAGGGAGUGGCAAGAGCACACAGCUUCCGCAGUAUGUCCUCGACCACUACAUGCAGCGCUCCACCUACUGCAACAUCGCCGUCACCCAGCCCCGGAAGAUUGGGGCCAGCAGCAUCGCCAGGUGGAUCAGUAAAGAGCGUGCCUGGACUUUGGGGGGCUUGGUGGGCUAUCAGGUGGGGUUAGAGAAAAUAGCAACAGAAGACACUAAGUUGAUUUAUAUGACAACUGGGGUCCUGUUGCAGAAAAUUGUCAGUGCUAAGAGUCUGAUGGAGUUCACACACAUCUUCAUUGAUGAGGUGCACGAGCGAACUGAAGAAAUGGAUUUCUUGCUGUUGGUAGUCCGCAAACUUUUACGAACAAAUUCACGUUUUGUCAAGGUGGUCCUGAUGUCAGCCACCAUUAACUGCAAAGAGUUUGCUGAUUACUUUGCUGUUCCUGUUCAGAAUAAGAUGAACCCUGCCUAUGUAUUUGAAGUAGAAGGAAAACCCCAUUCAAUUGAAGAAUAUUACCUUAAUGAUUUGGGGCACAUUCAUCAUAGCAGGCUUUCUCCACAUCUUCUGGAAGAGCCGGUGAUUACUAAAGAUAUCUAUGAUGUUGCUAUCUCCCUAAUUCAGAUGUUUGAUGACUUGGAUAUGGAAGAGAAUGGGGGGAACAAGACCUGGUCAGGUGCCCAGUUUGUGUCAGAGCGAAGCAGUGUGUUAGUGUUUCUGCCAGGUCUGAGUGAAAUAAACUAUAUGCAUGAACUCCUUACAAAUAUGGCUCACAAAAGGUUGCAGGUGUUUCCUCUCCAUUCAAGUGUGACUCUGGAAGAGCAGAACAAUGUGUUCUUAAGUCCAGUUCCUGGAUACAGAAAGAUCAUUCUGUCCACUAACAUUGCAGAGAGUUCGCUCACGGUUCCAGAUGUCAAGUAUGUUAUAGAUUUUUGUUUGACUAGAACUCUAGUUUGUGAUGAAGAUACGAAUUAUCAGAGUCUGCGGUUGAGUUGGGCCUCUAAAACCAACUGCAAUCAGAGGAAAGGCCGAGCCGGGCGAGUAUCCAAGGGGCACUGUUACCGUCUGGUCCACAGGGACUUCUGGGACAACUACAUCCCCAACCACACUGUUCCUGAGAUGCUGCGCUGUCCAUUAGGAAGCACGAUAUUGAAAGUGAAAUUACUCGACAUGGGCGAGCCCAGGGCCUUGCUGGCGACGGCCCUUUCUCCACCAAGUUUGAGUGACAUUGAACGCACCAUCCUGCUCCUAAAGGAGGUGGGUGCGCUGGCCGUCAGUGGGCAGCGGGAAGACGAGAAUCCCCACGACGGGGAGCUGACCUUCUUAGGGAGGGUGCUGGCACAGCUCCCUGUCAAUCAGCAGCUCGGGAAGCUCAUCGUCCUCGGGCACAUCUUUGGCUGUCUGGACGAGUGUCUCAUCAUUGCGGCAGCUCUCUCGCUGAAGAACUUCUUUGCGAUGCCUUUUAGGCAGCAUCUCGAUGGCUACAGGAACAAGGUGAGCUUCUCCGGCAGCAGUAAGAGUGACUGCAUUGCACUCGUGGAGGCAUUUAAAACCUGGCAGUCGUGCCGCCAGAGAGGAGAGCUGCGCCAUCCCAAGGAUGAGCUUGAUUGGGGGCGAUUAAAUUACAUUCAGAUCAAAAGAAUCAGAGAGGUGGCGGAAUUAUAUGAAGAACUGAAGAACAGAAUCUCCCAGUUCAAUAUGCACGUGGACUCUCGAAGGCCUGUCCUGGACCAGGAGUACAUCUACAAGCAGCGCUUCAUCCUCCAGGUUGUAUUGGCAGGUGCUUUUUAUCCAAAUUACUUCACUUUUGGGCAACCCGACGAAGAGAUGGCCGUGAGGGAGCUGGCUGGCAAAGACCCAAAGACGACCAUAGUGUUGAAGCACAUCCCUCCCUAUGGAUUUCUCUACUACAAACAGAUGCAGUCUCUCUUCAGACAGUGUGGGCAAGUCAAAUCCAUCGUGUUUGAUGGGGCAAAAGCUUUUGUGGAAUUUUCACGGAACCCGACGGAGAGAUUUAAAACUCUUCCUGCUGUGUAUAUGGCAAUUAAGAUGUCCCAGCUGAAAGUCUCCCUGGAGCUCAAUGUUCACUCUGCAGAGGAAAUUGAAGGGAAGGUGCAAGGAGGAACGGUCUCAAAACUCAGGAAUACCCGGGUGAAUGUGGACUUUCAGAAGCAAACAGUAGAUCCUAUGCAAGUCUCAUUCAACACACUGGACAGGUCGCAGACAGUCACAGACAUCCUGCUGACAGUCGAUGUCACUGAGGUGGUUGAAGUGGGGCACUUCUGGGGCUACAGGAUUGAUGAGAAGAACGCGGAAAUUCUGAAGAGACUGACUGCUGAGAUCAACCGGCUGGAGUUGGUGCCCCUGCCCGCUCACCCUCACCCAGACUUGAUGUGUCUGGCCCCUUUCACCGACUCCCAUAAGGAGAGCUACUUUAGAGCUCAGGUCCUUUAUGUCUCUGGACAUUCUGCUGAGGUGUUCUUCGUGGACUAUGGGAACAGGGCCCACGUGGACCUGAAUCUGCUGAUGGAAAUUCCCUGUCAGUUCCUUGAGCUUCCGUUCCAGGCUUUGGAAUUUAAGAUCUGCAGAAUGCGGCCGUCUGCCAAGUCCCUCGUGUGUGGCGAGCACUGGAGUGGCAGAGCCAGCCAGCGCUUCACCUCCCUGGUGCAGGGCUGCACGCUCCUGGUGAAGGUCUUCUCCGCCGUACACAACGUCCUGCAUGUGGACGUGUACUGCUGCUCCGGGGUCCAGGAUGCUGUCAACAUCCGGGACAUCCUCAUCAGGGAGGGCCAUGCCGAGCUCGCCGAGGAGCCCUAUGAGUCCAAACAAAGCCAUGAAGUUCUCAAGGAUCUCUUUUCCAAAUCAGUAGAAACGGUGGCAGACAUGUCUGUGCCAUCCCCCGUGAAGGAUGAUGAGAAGUUUCUGAUCCGGAUCUUACUGGAGAGCUUUUCUGCCAAUAAGCUGGGGGCGCCCAACUGCAAGGCAGUUCUUCACGGACCCUUCAACCCUUACGAACUGAAGUGCCACAGUUUGACCAGAAUUUCCAAAUUCAGGUGUGUGUGGAUUGAGAAGGAGAGCAUCAACUCCGUCAUCAUCAGCGACUCCCCGGAGAACCUCCACCAGAGGAUGCUGGUGGCAGCUUCACUCUCUGUCAACGCCACGGGGUCGACCAUGCUGCUGCGAGAGACGUCCCUGAUGCCACACGUCCCCGGCCUGCCUGCGCUGCUCAGCAUGCUCUUUGCCCCUGUGAUGGAGCUGAGGGUGGAUCGGGAUGGAAAGUGCUACACUGGAGUCCUCUGCGGCCUGGGGUGGAACCCCACCACAGGGGCCCCCAUCCUGCCUGAGCAUGACAUUGAGCUUGCAUUCGACGUUCAGUUCACUGUGGAGGACAUUGUGGAGAUUAAUAUUCUCAGGGCUGCCAUUAACAAGCUGGUAUGUGAUGGGCCAAAUGGAUCCAGAUACUUGGGGCCAGAGAGAGUCGCACAGUUACAGGACAACGCACGCCGGAAGCUGCUUGGUUUGUUCUGUCAGUUGAAACCAAGAGAGAGGAUUGUUCCUAAGUGGCACGAGAGGCCGUAUGAGUGGAAUCAGGUUGAUCCCAAACUGGUCAUGGAGCAGGCUGAGCGGGACAGCGGCCGAGGCAAGAACAUCUUUCUCUACCAGCUCCACAAGCUGGUGGUUCUCAGUGCCUAGAAGUAGCUGCAGGUUGUGUCCUGUCUGUGCU